AUGGUGAGCGAUCCAAAGGUGGUGAAGGAAUGCUUCACCACCCACGACAGGGCUCUCUCCUCCCGACCAAGAACAAGCACCGGCAAGUUCCUCCUCUUCGACAACGCAGGGUUCGGGGUCUCACCGUACGGAGCCUACUGGCGAACCAUUCGAAAGCUCGCGGUGACUCAUCUCGUCUCCCACGACGGCCUCCGAGCCACAGAGCAUGUCCGGCAGUCGGAGGUUGAUUCCUUGGUGAGCCACCUCUGUUCCGUCAUCCGCAAAGGCAACGACGACGACGACGACCAAGCAGGCACGGUUGUGGCCAUGAAUGCCGUGUUUGAAAGUCUGACGCUGAACGUGACAACGAGAAUAAUGGCAGGCAGGAAAUCGCACGUGUUCGACGACGACAACAGUAGUGACCAGGAGGACAUCAAUGAGGAGGCGGAGACCAAACGGAUCGGACGGCUGAUCAAAGAGUUCAUGAAGUUGGCCGGCUUGCCUGUGAUCUCGGACGUCAUCCCACUCCUGAGCUGGACCCGUGGGUUGGCUGGGAGCGUGAAGGCUAUGCGACGCGUUGCUGCCGAUUUCGAGCCCAUCUUGUCAAAUUGGAUAUCCCAACACGAGGCGGUUUCUGCUGCUGCUGCUGAUAAUCGCCAUCAGGAUGUCAUCCACGUUCUGUUAUCCUCUAUCAAAGGGGAUUACUACGAUGAGGUGUUUGGCCAUAUUCCCCGCGAGAAAGCCAUCAAUGGCACCAUUAUGGACCAGCAACACAAGCUGCAGCUUAAACCAGAAUACCUGAUUGGGAACAAAAACUUUGAGUACGCACCUUUUGGGAAAGGGAGAAGGGCUUGCCCAGGGGUUCCGAUGGCCAACCAAGUGAUACACCUUACUCUCGCCACGCUGCUUCAAGGCUUUCUUCUCACUGUGCCAGGCGAUGAUGGCCAUGUCGACAUGACGGAGCACUAUACCCUUGCUCUGCAAAAGGCUACUCCUUUGCAAGUUCAGAUUCUGCCACGCCUGCUCCCUCACCUCUAUCCCAGCAUGGAGUAA